UCUUAGCCAUAUAUAUUGGGCCAUGUGGACACAGACGUGGAGUUUUGUAGGAUAGACUCUGUAUUAGCUGCAGGGCUGUUGGCCUCCCUUUCUUCAUUUCUCUCUUAAAGAGAACCAGCAGGAAUAUAAAGCAGCCUUCAGAUCUCUCUGCACUGCUUGUUGGUGGGAACUGAGGAACCUUUUCUCUCUGAGUGUCUCGCAGAGUACCUGGCCCUGUAGAAAAAAUGAGCGAUUUGCUGGACGAUGGCUCUUUCAUGUUCACGUCGGAGUCCGUGGGAGAGGGACAUCCAGACAAGAUCUGUGACCAGAUCAGUGAUGCUGUCCUGGAUGCUCACCUGAAGCAGGAUCCAGAUGCCAAAGUGGCCUGUGAGACUGUAUGUAAGACCGGCAUGGUGUUGCUCUGUGGAGAGAUCACAUCUCGGGCCAAUGUGGACUACCAGAAGGUGGUGAGGGACGCCAUCAAACACAUCGGCUAUGACAACUCCGACAAAGGUUUCGACUACAAGACGUGUAACGUGCUGGUGGCUCUGGAGCAGCAGAGUCCAGACAUUGCUCAGGGUGUCCAUGUUGACAGGAAGGAGGAGGAUAUUGGAGCGGGAGACCAGGGUCUGAUGUUCGGCUACGCCACAGAUGAGACAGAGGAGUGCAUGCCUCUCACCAUCGUCUUAGCCCACAAACUCAACUCAAAGAUGGCUGAACUCAGACGCAACGGCACCAUCACCUGGCUGCGUCCUGACUCUAAAACACAGGUGACAGUACAUUAUGACCAGAAGGACGGAGCUGUGAUCCCCAAGAGAGUUCACACCAUUGUGAUCUCUGUUCAGCAUGAUGACUUCAUCACUCUGGAGGAACAGAAGAGGGUGCUCAAGGAAAUGGUGAUCAAGGCCGUGGUUCCUGCUAAAUAUUUGGACGACAAGACCAUCUACCACCUCCAGCCUAGUGGCCGCUUCGUUAUUGGAGGACCCCAGGGUGAUGCUGGUGUGACAGGCAGGAAGAUCAUUGUAGACACAUACGGAGGGUGGGGAGCUCACGGUGGCGGAGCUUUCUCUGGCAAAGACUUCUCAAAAGUGGACCGCUCUGCUGCCUACGCCGCUCGCUGGGUGGCCAAGUCUCUGGUAAAGGCCAAACUGUGCAGGAGAGUUCUGGUACAGGUGUCUUAUGCUAUUGGAGUGGCCCAACCUCUGUCCAUCUCCUUGUUCACCUAUGGUUCCUCCCAGAAAACAGAGUCAGAGCUGCUCCAGAUUGUCAACAAGAACUUUGAUCUGCGGCCAGGAGUCAUUGUCAGGGAACUGAACCUGAAGAGACCUAUCUACCAGAAAACAGCCUCCUAUGGCCACUUUGGACGACCAGAGUUUACUUGGGAGAUACCCAAAAAGCUUGUCUUCUAAAUACUCCACUUGCUUGUCCUGCUAGACUCCCCUGGAGGCUGAAUAAAAAGCCUCCUCAUGGGUUACAACUGCCAGCUCCAUCAACAGAUAGGACGUAUCUUUAAUAGGAAGACCUAAAGCCAAAGUUAGGGAUAAAUCAGCUUUAAAGAGGUAAUUAUAAAGUGGUUGACGGACACGUAAUGGGACACUGCAGAGGACAUCUCAGUAACCAAUUCUCCCCCCAAAAAACAUCCAAUUCAUGGUGCUUUAGGAAUACAGGUACAUUCACUAUUCAAAGAUCUUCCCUGAUAGCGUAAAGGAACACCACUGCAAAUGAAGAUAAAUACUUCUUCACGACUAGAAGCAGAGUGUUUUACCUCAAAGCUGUGAAUGUGCCUACGUGUGACCAGUAUCAUGUUCAUAAACAACCUUGGUGCUUCAUUCUCAAAAGUGGCUAUUGACAACAGCAAGUGUUUCAUCUGUGACUUUCGUAUGAAUGUCAGAAGUGUAAUUGUUGCUCAACCAAAGGCUCGGCUUUAGAAGAAAAUUUUAUCUUUUUGACAUGACUGUAAAAUUCCUUUUCUAAGUCUUAUUUUGUAAUGCGUGCUACGGGAAGCUGUUUGCACUGUUACAAUCCCUGCUGUUAAAGAAAACAGGUCAUUAAAGCGUGGGGAGAGCUCUUAUCUCUUGAACAUAUGUUACAAUCAGUCAAAUGUAAAAUAGCCAUGCAGUCUUGUUGUAGUCACUGCUCUUCUUUGCUGUCAUUCUUUCAGCCCUGCUUUGUUUUCUAAUAUCCAGUCGCUUUUAUCGCCGCACAGCUCGCCCGGUGGCUGAUUUGUAUCUUUAUACGUUUUUUUUUUACCUGCAGGCCUGCUGCUUUGACUGAGUCUGUAAAUGUGGCUCAUUUUAGCAAAUACCCAUAAGUCUUAACUCUGAUUUGAUUGUGAGUCAGUCUCUAUUCUCUUUGCAGUGGAUUACCAAGCUGCACGCUUUGGAGACUAAAGCAUUUAGUGGACCACUGAUGUCUUAAGAUUGCUGCAUUUCUACUAUGUUAUAAGCCAAUGCUGAUCCAAGUUAAUAUCCAACAGAAUACAAUAUGCUCCUUCUAUAUCUUUGUGAUGUUAAUUUCUUACUCAAUGUGAAGUUUGCUCCAUCUGAAAAUAUCUAGUCUAGUUGCACUGCAGCUCUAUAUCGCAGAGCGAGAUCCUUCCCCGUGAAUUUAGAGGAAAAAAGGGAGUGUGUGUUAAAAUAUUUCUCAGAGCAUUUAGUAAACUUAAAGUCAGCUUUCAACAUGGCUUAAUCACAAAGUAUUUAAUCUGAUUCUUUCCUUCUGAAACACUUCUAAUGGGAUCGAGGAAGUGUGACCAGUACUCACUUUAAAACUUCAUGUCAGUGGUAAAGUUUAGGACUUUGUGGUGAGCCUAACAACCCAUGCUCUCAUCUACAGCUGACAUUGUUUUUGUAAGAAGAGGUUUUCCUCUAUUUAAUGUGUUGAUCUGUGUCAUCUUCUGUCGACUUUGUCGGCAGAGAAACUGGACAAUGUAAAUAAUUAAACAAUAAAGAAAAUUACAGAUAUAAA